AUGAUUUCUGGCCUCGGGGACACAAACGUUUCUGUUGAAGGAUGCACGGUCAAUGUUUGUAUGCGCUCUUGCAUCACCGACUACUCGGUCAACUUUCAAGCUGUUGUGGCAUCGACAAUCACCAACAGCCAGCCGAACUUUGCUAUUGACAUCGACGGUUGGGCAAUUCCAUCCAACAUUCAGCUAGCUGAUCCUGCAUUCAAUCGUCCGCAGCGCGUGGACCUGCUGAUUGGUGCAAGCCUAUUCUACGGCUUGUUAUGUGUAGGACAAAUAGGCCUUGGAGAUGGAUUGCCUAUUCUUCAGAAGACCCGCCUUGGUUGGAUCGUUGCUGGUGGUGGUGACAGUACGACGCACACAGCAUUGAUGGCAGCGCAAAAGGGUUCUGAAAGUAGUAACGAUCAAGCAGAUGCCAGCCUAAAUGAGCUUGUUCGCCGUUUUUGGGAAGUCGAGAGCUGCGAGUAUGUGGCCACAAGGCUUAGUAGGGAGCAGCAGGAUUGCGAAGAGCAUUUUCGCAAAAAUGUUACUCGGCUACCAUCCGGUGAAUACUCCCUCAUCGUCGAUUUCUCAAUCUGGAGCGCAAAUUGCAGCGGCAUCCUGAUCUUUAGGAUGCAAUACUCAUCAUUUAUUGAAGAAUACUUGAAGUUGAAUCAUAUGUCGCGUGUUCCUGCUGAGACCAUUGAGCGUUGCAAGUAUUUUCUGCCACACCACUGCGUACUAAAGGCCGAUAGCACGACAACAAAGCUUCGUGUUGUGUUCGAUGGUUCGGCAGCGACAUCCACUGGAUAUUCGUUAAAUGAGGUUAUGAUGGCUGGUCCUGUUAUACAGGACAAAUUGAUGCAUAUACUUCUUCGCUUCCGUACAUAUCUGGUGGCACUAACAGGGGAUAUAUGCAAGAUGUAUCGAUGUGUGCGCAUGGCUUCAGCAGAUAGCUAUUAUCAAUGCAUCUUAUGGCGCGAUUCGCCUGAUAAAGAGCUGCAGAUUUUCAAGCUGGACACCGUUACUUAUGGCACGAAGGCAGCGUCAUUUUUGUCGGUUCGUGCAAUGCAUCAGCUGGCGCAUGAUGAAGCAGACUCGUUUCCGGUUGGAUCUGUUGCUUUGAAGAAUGAGUUCUACGUGGACGAUUUUAUAUCUGGAGGCGAUUCAGUUGCUGAGGUUAAGGUCAAGCUGCAGGAAACCGCUGCAAUUCUAGCUCGUGCAAACUUCAAACUCAGGAAAUGGUGUUCCAGUCAUGCCGAAGUAUUGUCGGAGAUAGCUGACGACGAGAAAGAGUCGUACAUGAGGUUCAGCGAUGGCAGCGAAAUCACAAAAACUCUUGGCUUGGCGUGGGAUCCCUCAUCGGAUCGGCUGCUGUUCUCGCUGUCGUUCUUAGAAGCUGGCUCCAAGCCGUGCAGGCGGUCUGUCUUAGCCACAAUUGCACGAUUUUAUGAUCCGCUAGGACUGCUUGGACCCGUCAUGACAAUGUUCAAAAUAUUUCUACAGCAGCUCUGCAAGGAUAAGUUGACAUGGGAUGAAAGUUUGCCUUUGCAGCGAUACACAGCCUGGGUAGAAAUGUGCAGCAGUUUUAAUUCCAUUUCUAGUCUUUCAUUCCCGAGAGCUGUUCUUGCUGCUGGGUGCCGUGUCGAAGUUCAUGGAUUUUGUGAUGCCAGCGAAGAGGCCUACGGCGCUUGCGUAUAUGUAGUGUCCGGUGGACGCACUUCUCAGAGUCAGCUGUUGUGCUCUAAGUCCAGAGUCGCACCACUCAAAACUAUAUCAGUUCCCAAGCUGGAAUUAUGCGGUGCUUAUCUUCUGGCCAAACUGCUUCAUGCAGUUAGAAACAUGGGUUUUCUUGAUGGGGAGUUCUUUUGCUGGAGUGAUUCAUCGGUGGUACUCUCAUGGAUCAAGGAUGAUCCAUACAAGUUCAACGUUUUUGUGGCAAAUCGCGUAGCGUCUAUUCAGGAUCUUACCGUCAACAUGAAGUGGCAACAUGUUCCCACGGCUUUGAACCCUGCCGACGUACUCUCCAGAGGUACAACUCCAGAAUGUUUAGCAGAGUCCAAGAUAUGGUUUCAUGGACCGGAGUUUCUUGUUGGAAAUCGAGAUGGAUGGCCUUCACAACGCUGCUUAGAGUCUUCAACGUUGGAAAUGCGUAGUAAGGUCAUGAUAGCCACUUCUCCGUAUGAUGAUAUCACUCUUCGUUGCAAGUACCUUAACACGUUUGCCUCAAUGCAGCGCGUAUAUGCGUUUGUGUUUAAAUUUGUUAAUCGUAUAAAGCAUCCAGGCCUCAACGUGGUAGAUGUCAACAAAGGCACAUGGCUGCUACUGCGAUUGGUGCAGUUGUCAAAUUUAUGGAGUGAUGUCAAGGAAAUUCGUUCGAAGGGCUUCGUCAAGAAAUCGAGUUCAAUCGCUUCUUUGUUGCCGUUCAUCGACCAAUUUGGACUUCUGCGUGUUGGCGGUCGGCUAGCCAAUUCAACUCUUCCCUACGAUGCUCGCCAUCCUAUUAUAUUACCUCGACGGCAUCCCAUUACGUUGGCGCUCAUCGCUCACCAUCAUGAAAAGAAUCUUCACGUUGGAGCUAGAGCAUUAUUAGCAAAGAUUCGGUUACAAUAUUGGCCGAUUGGCGGACUGCGAACUGUGUCGAAGGUUGUUCGCAAUUGCAUCGAAUGCUUCCGGGCCAAGCCCACUGUGCUCGAACCAAUUAUGGCCAGCCUUCCGAAGGAACGGCUUCUGAAUUCUCGUGCCUUUGCAAUAAGCGGAGUGGACUACUGCGGGCCGUUUUACUAUAAAUCUGAAGUUCGGAACAGACCCCCAAUCAAAUGCUACAUCAGCGUAUUCAUCUGCUUUGCUAGCAAGGCGAUUCAUCUGGAGUUGGUGAAGGAUUUGACAACUGCCGCCUUUCUGGGAGCGCUAAAAAGAUUCGUGUCACUUCGUGGGAGGCCUAAUCAGAUUUGGUCCGAUAAUGCGACUAACUUUGUCGGGGCCAAAAAUGAACUUCAUGAUGUCAAGAAACUUCUCCUCAGCGAUCCUCAUAAGGAGUCAGUUCAUCGUGUGUGCCUGAUGGACAACAUCGAGUGGAAGUUUAUUCCUCCUCGUUCCCCACAUUUUGGUGGACUAUGGGAAGCAGCAGUCAAGAGCGCAAAGCACCAUCUGUAUCGCUCUGUUGGUCGCUCUAUUCUCAACUACGAUGAGCUUCGCACUCUGGUUUGCCAAAUAGCGGCAAUAAUUAAUAGUCGUCCAUUGCUAUCAAUUUCAGAAAGUCCUGACGAUUUGGAUGUGCUGACUCCCGCUCAUCUAUUGUUUGGUGGUCCUCCAACCGUGAUUCUGGAGCCCGACCUAACUACGUUGGACUACAAUCGGCUGGAUGGUUGGCAGCGUGUCACUCAACUGCAGCAGGUCUUCUGGAAUAGAUGGCGGGAGGAGUAUCUGACUCUUCUCCAGCAAAGAUCGAAGUGGCGCACUCCUGACCGUCGUCUCCAAGUCAACGACUUGGUCUUGGUGAAGGACGAAAAUUUGCCUCCUCUUCGGUGGCCGCUAGCCCGUGUCCUGGCGCUCAUCCCUGGCAAGGACGGCGAGUGUCGAGUUGCCGACUUAAAGACGACGUGUGGCAGCACCCGGAGAGCCAUAAACAAACUCUGUCUACUGCCCCUGAAGGAUGAUGUUGAAAGAUAG